ACAAAACAAAUAUUUCGAAGAUGAUUUUGGAUUGGAAAAUGUUCUGUUCUCAGCAUAUUUUGAGUAACUUUAAUACUUGGCGUUAAAAUAUUUUUUAAUUAGUUAAGACAUUGCACGACCACCCAAUUGACCAAAACCACGACGCAAUGACCGGGAACCCAUGACAGAUUUACUGAGUUUACCUGGAUUACUUGCCAUGAGAAGCAAAUGUAAUCCCAGAUAAUUUGUGAGGAACAUUUAAAGGAACUUUAAGGGAGAGGACAUGAGCGACCUUUUUUUAAAAAUACCGCUAGCUAGUCUUUUUAACUUUUUAAACGGACUGCCAGUGAACCGACUAGCUAAAGUUCAAUUGAAACUAAGGCUAAAUGCAUCUAGCAAGUGUUCUGGGAUAACAAUGCAGAUGCGAAAAGUUAUUAAUCAAUCGUCUGCGGUUUAAAGCUAGAUUUUAGUUUGAAUAAAUUCUAAUAGCAUAUCGGUACAACUGAUCAAAUGGACGAAAUAAUUGCACACUUCAACAGAACGGUUUCUUUUACUUUCAGGACAUCAAAUUUGCCUAGAUUCAAACAAAGCAAAAACUUUUUUACCUUUUGGGACGAGAGAAUAUUAACACAUUUUUUCAGAAAUCGACCUGAUCUGACUGGUUUUUGUGAUGAUUGCAUUUUUAGAUUUUCAUUUUAUCGCCAUAACUUCCCUUAACGAGUAAUUCUGCGCCAAAAAAAAUUAAUUUCUUUUAAAAAGCAUCCUCCACAAACACCCUACGUUUUAGAUUUAACAUUCAAUGUUACAUACUAAUUCAACGAAGCUUUCUUUUGCCAGCACUGCUAUUUUCCAUGGUUAUCAUUGCACCACUACAUACAAUUUUUCAGCGGGAAAACUGAGCGGAGAUUUAUUUAUUUUCCACGUAUCACUAUGCACUCCACGGCUGGGCCAUGUGGUGCUUCUUGUUGUCGCUCGACCGCUCCGUUGGAUUGUAGUGGUGUAGUAACCUGUAAACAGCGUCGAAUGUUCACCGGGGACGGGGAUGUACGCCUUGUGCAUUCGGCUGACCAGUUGGUUCAAAGCUGUCGUCGUUAACACUUGGUGGUUGGUUGUGCGUUAAGCUAAAGUAGGAUUGCAUAGCUCUUAUGCGAGUUUUCUCUCAAGUGAUUCUCCUUGCAUUAUUGCACGAAAGAGCAAGAAACGUAUAAAAAUACUAGUGGGUAUUGCUAGAAAACUUAAAACGUCGCGCGGUGGAUCAUAUCGCGACUAGCAAUCGAUUGCGUGUGGAUUUCGCGCAUCACACAAGGUUCAGCGCAUACUGCGUUCAUAGUUGUAAAUGAAAAAUAGGUUGAAUUUUAACGAAAAUAGAUUGUGCCAAAAAGUUAUCAUUUUCGCGAACUCUAAGCCCGGACGCAAUCUCGAAAGCACACGAGAAUUCUGUGAUAGUAGGUUAGCAACAAAGAAUUCCAUUCUCCUUUGUUAUCAUCCGGUAAUCGUUCACUGAUAAUAAAAAGUCAAGAUUCGAAUACUGUUCAGAGAAACGUUCUCCAUCAGGAUCUACAAUGCAUCAUUCAAUGCUGAUGAAGGCGUCCAGGUCGCCAACCGAAAUGCGUGAUAUUGCUGCCCGAAUCUGCCGCGACUACCUGACCGGGGCAUGGAAAACCAUUCCGGCCGAGGAACUGCAGAUGAAGCGAAUCAGUGGCGGCCUUUCCAAUUUUCUCUAUUACGUCAGCCUUCCGGAGCAGCACAAGGGUGGAUCCGCUCGAGCCUCCUUUUCGGGCAGCAGUUGCAAACGUCAUAGGAAAAAUAGCUACUCGAGCAUGUUGGAACCGAAAGAGGUUCUCCUGCGCAUUUACGGACAAACGCAUGGUGAACACGCUCUAGAAACAAUGCUCACUGAAUCGGUUGUUUUUACGCUCCUAAGUGAACGCAAAUUGGGUCCAAAGCUGCAUGGUAUUUUUCCAGGCGGUAGAAUAGAGCAAUACAUACCGGCGCGUUCGUUAUUGACCUCUGAACUGAGUGAUACGAAAAUUUCGCUCAAAAUAGCAGAGAAAAUGGCCGCCGUUCAUAACUUGGACAUACCGGUUUCAAAAGAACCAACCUGGCUGUGGAAUACUAUGAACCGAUGGCUGAAGUCUGCCGAAACUACGCUGAGGGAUUUUAAGAAGGAUCAAAUGAACGGAAAUAAACAAAUUUCCGGCGCUGAAAUCAUCACCCAGCUUGACCUGCGCGCCGAAGUGGAAUGGCUUAAAUCCGUAGUGGAUGCCGAGGAUUAUCCGGUGGUGUUUUCUCACAACGAUCUACAGGAAGGUAAUAUCCUGCUCAGAGAGGAUUACACUCCUUCAGCAACAUCGAUGGAUAGUUUUUGCACCAUGGAUCAAUUUGACGAAUCCGCGCAGUUAGACUCGCAUUUUAGCUCAAUACUAAUUUCCAAUUCCACUAGCAGCCAAACCGAUUCGAAUAGUAAUAACGGCAGUAGUGCAUCCUUGGGCAAUGGAAGUUCGGAGAACGUUUCGGGUCAAAACUCUAGGAAACGAUCCCUGGAUGAUAACUUUGAAAACGAGCUCGACAGCACGAGGGAUUCCGUACUGAGCGGAACUUCACAGGCGCUUUCGGAACAGCCCUGCGAUGGUGAACCGCAACUGAUGAUCAUAGAUUUUGAAUACUGUGCCUACAAUUACCGCGGAUUUGAUUUGGCAAACCAUUUCCUCGAGUGGACAUUCGACUACACUAAGCCUGAAGCACCAUAUUUCUACCACAAGCCAGAGCAAUAUCCUACCAAGGAACAAAAGGAUAAGUUCACUGCAGAAUAUUUAGCCCAGUCGUACCCGGGAGGACCCCCGCCAACAAUUCAGGACUUAGCAGACAUCGACCAGGAGGUGAAAUGCUUUACAAUGGCUUCACACCUGUUUUGGAGCCUUUGGGCCGUAGUAAACGUGUAUCAGGAGAUAGAAUUUGGAUACUGGGAAUACGCCAUUUGUCGGCUGAAUCAAUACGUUCAGAGUAAGAAAUUGUACUCGGAGCUGACAAAUAAUACAGGAAAUUUGCCACAUGGAAAUCCGUAAAACCCUCUUGAGCUUAGAAAUCCACACCGUUGGACACUACGAAUUUAAAAACAUCCCACGGCGUACUUAAAGACUACACCCGUUUGCACUUAUUGAACGAAAAAAGAAAUCGGCUUAUUUGACAGCACAAAACCGAGCACGUCAACCGAUGUAGUGAACAAGAGUAUUCCUUAUAUUGACACCUAAGAAGCUAUUGAAGCACCAAGUGGAGACAUUUUCCUAGACGAACCAUGACUAUGUGUACCAGUAUUACCGACUAACUAUGGAUUAAUAUUGGCUAGCAUAACGUACUUCCCGUGGUAAUUUAGCAAAUGUGCUCCCUUAUUAUUCAUAUUUAGCUGCAUUUCCAGUGUAGAGCACUGAUUGCAAGUCCACCAACCAUCAAGCUGCAACGACUAUUUAUACAAUAUUACUUUUAAAUUUAAAUAAAAUUAGUGGGAUACUCUCCCGCAAGUUUUUUUGCGUUUUAAAUUUAUGUAAUAAAUACCAGAAACAAAAAAACCGUUUAAGUGUGAAUGUUUUCGUUCGUUUCUUGGUGGUUGAUGAAAAUCCGAAGCUAAAAUUGCAGGGCUGUAAUUUUUAUUAAAGUUUAAAUGUUAUCGUAUUGCGGUAAAACAAAGACUAGAAAAAACAUACGGUGUAGGUUUGACUGAUCGUAGUUAGAUUUUAAUCAAAUUUAGCUGUGAGAUUGCGAACGGAAGCAUACCGAUUGAUACAAAAUUAAUGUCUUAUGUAAAAGCAAGCGUUGCAGUAGAAAUGCGAUAAGUAUAUUAAAUCUCGAUAUAAAUGUAAGAAAAAAAUCUGACCCAACACAUAUCGGCAAUUUGACCUUAAAGUUUAUUCAUGGUAAAUUAAGCUAAUGAGACAAGAGAUUAACGGAAUGAUAUGUGAUGAAAUCAACGGAGAAAGCCAAAAUUUAUGAUAGGUCGAGAAUAAAAAUUGCAAUUGUUAUACUAAUAUUUGAUACUAAAAGUCGACAAAAUCUAGAUUCAUGUAUUUUUUUGUUUUGUAACAAAAUUUUAGUUAGAUAAGUUUUUCAAGACUAGACUAAUCUCAAGAUUUUAGUCUUGACCUUGGAAUGAGGUCAUACAUAUAUUAAUAUUUUUUUGAAACGAUGGUUCUACAAUUGAUGAAGGGACGG